AUUCCAGAAAACAAGCUUCAGCGUCUCGAGUCUUGUCGAUGGUGGCGUACGUCCUCAGGCAGUGACGCACCAUGUCCACGUUGGACGUCUGCAGGCCCUCGAUCAACAGACCCUCAAGCGACUGCUGCAGCAUGGAGGUUUUGCAGAACAGACUGAACAACUCACCAGAAUUGGUCACCACUCAACCCGGAUGCUGGAUGUUUGCCUUCGUUAUCGAUCGUGACCAGCCGUGAGAGAGUGAGGAGGAGACAGUAAGGAGGAGAACGGGUGAGGAGCAUCGCUACCGAGAGCGAUGGCGGAGUGCGGGAGGAAGGCGCUGUCUCUCCUGGAGGCGGCCCGCUCCCGGUACGAGAGCCUGCAGAUAUCCGACGACGUGUUCGGCGAGUCCGGGGAUGACAGUAGCGACAACCCCUUCUACAGCACCUCCGGAGACUCCGACUCCGACAACUGCAUCGCCGAGGUGGGAGAGGAGGAGAACCCGCAGCAUCAUCAUCAUCAUCCAAAGCGAGGCGGCAAGGAUGGAGCCGGUGGCGGGAACAGCGGCGCGGGUCCCCCGGGCUGUCUGUCCCACACGCAGGCGGAGGAGGAGGGCUGGACGGAGACCCUGCAGGAUGUCACCGUGCCGCCCUACAAUGACACUCACGGCCCCGCUCAGAAGAUGCCCGCCACUGCCACAGCCUUGGACUUCUUCCAGCUCUUUGUCCCAGACAACUGCAUCCAGAACAUGGUAACCCAGACCAACAUGUACGCCAAGAAGUUUCAGGAGCGCUUCGGCUCGGAUGAGGGCUGGCGCCCCGUCACGGCCCAGGAGAUGAACGCCUUCCUGGGAUUUGUCAUCUCCACCAGCGUUCAUCGGUGCGAGUCGGUGCUCAGCAUCUGGAGCUCGGGCUUCUUCAGCAACCGCAGCAUUGCUUUGAAGAUGAGCCAGUCCCGGUUUGAGAAGAUCCUCAAGUAUUUCCACAUUGUGGCGUUCCGACCGUCUCAAGGAAGCAACCAGGGCCUUUACAAGAUCCAGCCCUUCCUGGACUUGCUGCAGCAGUCGUUCAGCUGCACAUUCAGACCCUCGCAGACACAGGUUCUUCAUGAGCCUUUGAUAGAUGAAGACCCAGUGUUCAUCACCACCUGCACAGAAAGGGAGCUGAGAAAGAGGAAAAAGAGGAAGUUCAGCCUCUGGGUUCGGCAGUGCACCUCCACCGGCUUCAUUUGUCAGAUCUACGUGCAUCUGAAGGAGAACCAGGGUGCCGACGGUCUGGCGGCGCUGAAGAACAAACCUCAGCUCCACAGCCUCGUGGCUAAGCAGCUGUGUCAUAACAUUUCCGGCAAGAACGUCAUCAUCUUCACAGGACCGUCCAUUACAAGCCUCAGUCUCUUCUCUGAAUUCAGCAAACAAGAUAUCUAUUGCUGUGGUUUGCUGAGCACCAGGAAAAGCGACUGCACCGGCUUACCGCAGAGCAUGCUGGUGUGCGGCUCCACACCGGCGCAGCGCGGUCAGUCACGCGUGAUGAUGAAGGGCACCAUGUCCCUGAUUAGCUGGUACAACAAGGGACAUUUCAGGUUUCUCACUAACGCUUAUUCCCCAACAAAACAAGGUAUGAUCAUCAAGAGGAAAAGUGGGGAUAUACCGUGUCCGUUGGCUGUUGAGGCUUUUGCAGCACAUCUGAGCUACAUCUGCAAAUAUGACGACAAGUACAGCAAAUACUUUAUUUUCCAUAAACCCAACAAGACCUGGCAGCAGGUGUUCUGGCUGAGCAUCAGCAUCGCCAUCAACAACGCGUACAUCCUCUAUAAGAUGUCUGACGCCUACGCGGCCAAACGCUACAGCCGGGCGCAGUUCGGAGAGAGACUGGUCAGAGAGCUGCUAGAUGUGGGCGACUGCUCCCCGACGCAGUGAGGAGGAAGAGGAGGAGGCUGAUGAAGACAAAUACAAUCUCCUUGGGUUUAUUUAUUCUCACACGUAAAGGCGCCCGAAUCUGUGUCAAUGUGAUAAUAUAGAAGCAGUGCCAAGCACCUGUUCUUUUUUUUAUUUAUUUAUUUGUUUUUUUUGUGGUGCUGUAAAUAGUCACUAACACACAACUGCACACCAUGCAAUAACAAUGAGCCAUGAGGCUGUUGCAACGCCUCACAUAAAAUGACUAACACAAUUUUCACGGCAAAUUUCUCUGCAGGACGGCGGAAGGAGAAGGGAACCAUUUCUCUCGUCAAGUUUAGACUAAAAAUGAGGUUGUGCAAUUAUUUCAACAUCAGAUGUCUCAAGCGAAAAGACUACAGUACUUCCACCCUGUAAAAAAAAAAAAAAAA